GGUCCUUACCCGUUGAUUAUACCGGUUUGGAUUAGGGAAAUUGUGCUGGUAAUAAGUGCAGGAUCUUCAAAUUCUGCAAAGACCAUGCUGUCUAGCUUGCGGUAGCGAACUUACUCCAAUUCGCCUUAAUUAUUUUCAACUGUAUAAGAUGCAACUACAACAUUCAUUAUCAUGCUCAAAGCUAGCUAGGUUAUCGAUACCCCAGCGUUCCCCUCAAUCGCUCCUCAUAGGCAUUGCGGCGCGCAGCGGUAGCUCACGACAGCUAGCAGUUCAGGUGCGCGCUGCAAAAGGAUUCGGUAAAUCAAAGCAGCCAGUCCGCAAGGCAACAGACGACGAUGACGACAAGUCGCGCAAGCAAUCGGGCAGGCGUAAGCGCCUGUACCCCGAGUCCCAGGGACCCAUCCCCGGCCAGGCACAGCAGCAGCAAACCCAGCAGCAGCAGGGCCUGAACGGUCAGCCACAAGGCCAGUUCGAACUCGGCUUUCCCGGCUCGCCGGGGCAUGCCGCGGAGGAUGAUGAUGACUUCCUGACCCGCCUGCAAGCGCUGAAGGAGAAGGGCAAGGAACGAGCCGCGGCUGCAGCCGCAUCCACAGCCGAGGCCAACGACGCCGCCGCAUCCGCGCCAGCCAUCUUCGACGCAGCACCCACUCCCGCCUCCGCUGAUACCGACAUCUACGCCAACCCGCCUCCGCUGGCGCAAACCCUGCUGGCCGCUGCUUCCGGCGGCGACGCCGCCGCUGCCAGCGGUAUCUCCGACCCCAAGCUCCGCGACGCCAACAUCGGUCCCAGCCAGCUGGGUCUGGCUGCGGGCGCGCUGGUGUUCAUCGCGGUGUUCGUGGUGGUGGCUGCGGGGGACUACGCGCCCGCAUCCCGGCGGUACGCGGGGGUGCGGCCGGCUCAGCAGCCGCCCGACCCCAUUGAGGAGAAGAUCCUGAAGGGUCGCAUCGCGCUGUACCAGGACCAGUUGCAGGCCAACCCCUCCAACGACGAUGCCACCCUGGCGCUGGCAAACUCGUACGCCCGGCUGCUGCAGUACGACCGGGCGGCGGAGCUGCUGGAGGGGCUCACGCGGAGGACCCCGGACGACGCGGAGGCCUGGCGGCUGCUGGGCGAGAGCUCGCUGCUCAGUCAGCAGCCUCGCAAGGCAGUGCCCGCAUUCGAGCGCGCGGUGGAGCUGCGGCGACAACAGCAGACAGCAGCUGCCGCCGCCUCGCCUGCGGUGGUGGUGGUCAGCCAGCCCGACCUGCAGCUGCUGACGGGGCUGGUGGAUGCGUACAUUGCGAACGGGGAACACGCGCGGGCCAUUGAGACGCUGAAGGGCAUUCGGGAGCAGCUGAGGAGCAGCCAGCAGCAGCAGCUGCUGCAGGGGCAGCAGCAGCAGCAGGCAGCAACGGCAGCGGCGGAGGGCGCUGGAGCAGCGGCCUCAGCGUCCUCAGCAGCGGAGGAGGGGGUACCAGCGGGGGCGGCCAUCGACGCCUCCUCACUGGCAACGGCUCUGCCGGUGCUGCAGGCGCCGCCGCUGACGGGUGACGCGACAGAUGCGGCGGCCACCUCCACCUCCACCUCCACCACGGCUGCUGCUGAGUCCUCGGCUGCCAAUGCCGAUGCCGCCCCUUCAUCCGGGCAAUCUGACGCCCAGCCGUCUUCAUCCUCAUCUUCAUCCCAGCAGCCUUCAACCACGUCCCCUGAAGCUCAACAACAGCAACAGGGGCAACCGGACCAACAGCAGCAGCCUGCAGCAGCCCCCGCACCUGCAGCCCCCGCUGUGCGCCCGCUGGACCCGGUGGGAGUGGAGCUGCUGCGCGGCAAGGUGUACAGCUCGUGGCGGGGUCACGAGCAGGACGCGCUGGCCGCGUAUGACGAGCUGCUGGCGGCGUAUCCGGAGGACUACCGCGGCUAUCUGGCCAAGGGGCUGUUCCUGAAGGAGCGAGGGCGCAAGGCGGAUGCGGAGCGCAUGUUCCUGCAGGCUCGCUUCUUCGCUCCCGCCUCCAAGCAGCAGCUGGUGCGGGCGCUGGCUGAGGCCUCCCCCACCCUGGAGCUGCCGGACAACAACUGAGAUGACGAUGAAGAGGAGGGGAUGAUGAGCGGGCUGGGCGGGAUGGGGUCAGGCCGGGAGCAGGGUACAGCGGGCAGCAUAGUGAGGCGAAGGGGGACAGUUGGGCUGGGUCCUAGUGCGGAGGGGUGAGCGUGCGUGUAGGUGUGGUAGUUCGCUGGGCCCUAGGAGUGGUAGAUGGGCAGUGUAGCCGGCCGAUAGCACUCGAGUCCCCGCGGCUCUGGGAGCAGCGUACCGGUAGGUUGACAAAGGUCGCGUGUUGUGAAGCCGCGUUGCAUGCACAGCAGAGAGAGUGGAAGGUAGUGCCGGUGGCAGUCGUGGAGUGGGGCGGGAUAAGUAGGAAGAGAGGGCGCAUGGGCUGCACGGCGGCACUUACACACGUGCAGGCGGCAUGAAGCGCUACUCGUGCAUGUGGAUGGGGAGGAAAGGCACACCGGACGAGGCUGCCCCGGGCCCCAGCGAACGGGCUGCCCCGGGCGGAUGCAUGCAGGUGCAGGUGCAUAGGUAGGGGUAGUUAGGGGCGGCCAUGCAGAGGACGGACACCCGUGCGGCUUACAGGUGUGGCGUUGCAUGGCGAGGACCCAUCUACAGGCAAAGCACUGACCAUGUAAUGAGGUGUAAACGAGCACUGGACCUGCUAUGCAAGCCGCUCGGAUUGGAAGUCCCCACUGCAUCACC